AACACCGCCUUAUUCUCUGCUGCUGGUCGCGUCAAGUUGUUUACGUUUUUUGUAUUUUGUUUAAAUAAUAGAAGAAAAAAAGGAAGUUAAAAUGCCGUCCUUUGCGAAGGUUAUUGUGUUGCUAGCCUCUCUAGCGACAUUCUGUUAUACGUUUUACGUGGUCAGAAAAUUAACGAUUUUUCUUUCCGAACCGCGUUCUAUUUCAAAUGCGCACACUUGGAUCUUUAAUUUAUUGGACAAUAAGUCACGAUUGGAAACCGCCUAUGGGCCAAUUGUAAUGGACACCCUCUAUGUGAUUGGAUUCAUAUUUCAGCACAGCUUCCUCAAGUCAGCAUUCGUAAAGAAUCUGCUGCGUAAAUUGCAUUUGGCUCCCGCGGAGCGAACUAUUUAUACUCUGACAUCAUCGUUUUGUUUACAUUAUCUCGUACAAAACUGGCUGCCAGCUCAGUCUAUUGUGCUCUGGCAGAUCAAUGUGGAUGAGAGCGCACCGCUCUGGUGGACUUUUGUGAUAACUCAUGCACUAUGCUGGACAGUCAUUUACGGUGGCACCUUCAUAAUGGAUCCGGUGGAAUUGCUGGGCGUCAAGCAGACCUACUAUGAUCUACAUAACUACUCGGAGCCCUUAGCGUAUAAGUCGCUUGAGUUGCGCAAUCUCUAUUCACAUGUGCGCCAUCCAUCCUUCGUUGGAUUCACUCUAAUUCUGUUUGUCACCAAUGUAAUGAGCCUUGAUCGGCUGCUGCUCGCUGUCCUGCUUACUACGUACAUGUACGUAGCUUGGUCUACUGAUGACACUGAUGUCGCCUACCAGCAGAAGCAGCUGCAGCGUAAAAAACUCGGCUUGAAGGCUCAUUAGGGGCAUCAUGCACUUGAUCUUGAACAAUAACUCCCUCCUAGUUUAGUCUUUAACUAUAACCACAUACCUUUUUAUAUUCUCGUACCUAAUAAACUACUAACUCAUUUAAACCACCGA